AUGCCAAACAAAUAUUCUCACAGCGUGGUCUUAGCGCACUACUCCAGCUUGGGCCUUAUCGAUCUUCCCAAUGAUCAAUAUAUAGCAUACCUCAAGACUUACCCACCCUCAGCGCGAUCGUCAAUCACGACAAAGUCUAAAGUGCGCACGAAUGGCACGUCACGCUCGGUCACUCCUUCAACUGGAUACAGCGCCAGAUAUAAAAUUUCAGGAGACAAUGCAUCUACUUCGAGGUUUGUCACUAGCCGUAGAGAGUACGGUGGAACCGCCAGACGGGAUGUCAUCCUUGAGUCUGAUGAAGGGUCUAGUGACGAGCAUGUGGUGCUGCGCAAGAAAUUUGAGCCAUAUGAGCGUCCACCACAGUCUCAAAGACAGUCCGAUGUUCGUGACUUAAGGACGGAAAAGAGAAAGCUGCCAUCUGUUUCUACAUACACAGGAAGAUCCAGCAGCGAAGCUUCAGAGGGACUUGUACCAUCAGAGCCGCCUCCACCACUCCCACCGCAAGCAUCGUCUCGUGUCAGAGGUGAACCAAGAAUAUCUCCUCCCAGCGUCAUCAACCUGAAUGACUACGAGCUCGAGCCUGCUGCGGAAGCUCCGGAAGCCGCUUCCAAUCAGCAUUCCGGGCCCGAUACAAAACACUCAUCGAGUCGCAAACCGAAUCACCUUGCAGUUAAAGCCAUCCCGGCCAAUAGCAAGACGCCGUCGUCUAUGACCCGAGACACUGACAUGUACUAUCCCGAUCCGGAAGAGGAGCCCAAUUUUGCUGGCUUUUCAGACGCACACUUUUCAGAUGUUACCAUCACAGAAAUUCACAAUGCCGACACAGAUCCCUCACCAACCGUUUCGACAAAUCAAUUUCCCAAAUCCUCCACUUUUAAGCACUCCGCUCCCUUAACCAACGGUCCUAUAACGUUACCCAAAAGGAGAGAUCCUGCCACUAGCUUCAACCAAACUUCAGCCACGCUGAGGCAGCCUCGCCGCAAUCGCUCGUAUGAUUCCAUUUCAAGUAUGGACUCGGAGAUGAUGCACUCGACAACAGCCCUUCCGCCAGUAGUCCCUCGCAAAGCACAGAAGCCUCUACACGAAUCAGGCAAGAACAGUGUCGCAUCAAGGGAUCCUCUAGACAGUGAUGAUGCAAUGGAUCCCAGCCUUUUCGAAACACUAAAAGAUGUGUCUCGCCGAACUUCUGUCUCGCCUUCGAGAAAGCGCUUCGCUGGCCUGUACUCAGACUCGCCACCAGUGACCGCCCGUCCAUCACACCAAAGCUCACAGAAAACCGGCUCACAGAAAACUGGCAACCAUGCAUCACCCAGUCCUGACUUCUGGCGUGGGUUGGACGAAAUGCUUUCCGACAGCGAUGCAUCGGUCGUCUUCCCUCCUGAUAUUGCAAAAUACAAGCCUAGAGACACUGUACCUGCACCUGUUCUCAAAUCGAGCAAAACUCCCAUGUCUCGAAGCGAAGAUGGAGACUCGAAGAGACCAACGACAGCACCAGCUCCGAAAACCAGUAAUAGAGAUGCAUUUGCCUCAAACGAGCCUCUCCCUAACGGCCGGAGUAAAGCCACGAUACUCGGUAAAGAGAGCCUUGACAAACCAAGAGAUGCUGGAAAGGUGACGACUAUUCGGCUGGUGGAUACAACACCUCCAAGGAAGGAGAAGAAUGGCUUUUUGAAAAAGCUGAGGAAGAAAAGCUAUGAUCAGAACAAACUGUAA